AUGGCAGACAAAGACGCUUGUCCCGUCGAUCACAAAUCCCGCGAAGCAUGGCUCGCCCAAGCCCGUGAAGCCGAAGCCGCAAAAGCAAAAGCAGCUGGAUGUCCAGUCGACCACACAGCGCAAGCACAGUCCAAGUCAUGGUCUCAAACAUUCUCGUCAUAUCUCCCUUGGUCCUCGAGCACACCUGUACCGCCGCCUACGCAAACUCCUCCGAACAAUGGUCUUGAUACUGAUCGCGUUGUAUCCACGAUUCCACGAACCUCUGGCGGACCUGCGGCGUGUCCGGUAGAUCAUGGGAAAGAACCUGCAAAGCCUGCGAACCACGAAAUGGAGACGGGUGUAGAUCCCUCUGGAAACUGGGUGUAUCCGUCGGAGAAGAUGUUUUUCGAUGCGAUGAAGCGAAAGGGUUAUGAUGCGAGGGUAGCAGACAUGAAGACCGUUGUGCCAAUCCACAAUGCUGUUAAUGAAAGAGCUUGGAAGGAGAUCAAGGAGUGGGAAGCGCCGUAUCUCAAGGGCACAAAGUGUGAUGGCCCCAAGCUCGAAUCUUUUGCCAACAAGAUGGAUCGCAUGACUCCCACCGCUCGCUUUAAUACUAUACUCGGCUACACGGCGCCGUUCGACCGACACGAUUGGGUUAUCGAUCGAUGCGGUACGAGGGUUGACUACGUUAUUGACUUUUACGCUGGACGACCAGAUGGAAAGGGCGGGCCUAGCUUCUAUCUCGAUGUGCGGCCGAAGCUGAAUACAUGGGAGGGUGUUAAGAUGCGAGCCAAGAGAUGGGCAUUCCUUGCAUAA